GCAUAUAUGUUCCGGCCAAAAUCAUAUUCGAGUGCCUUGCUAAUCAAAUGGCUUCUAUUGUUGGUUGUAAAGGUACAGCAGCAGCAGCAGCAGCUUACAGCAGUUUCCAGGCGAUUAUGAUCUCUACUAUUCAGCUGUUUUUAUGGCUGUUACUGCUAGCUGAAGGAAGAGUAGUCGACAGUGAUAGCACCAUUGCUGAUCCCACAAAAGGGUUCGUCGCUCUUCCACUGACUUCAUCGCAUAUGAAGGUUCAGUGGCCGUAUGACCUGCGAAAGGAGGAGCGUUACAGCUUUGCCAAUGGCGUCCACACGCUCAGGGUUUACUCCAACGACAAGCCAUUCAAACAACACAGCCCCACCAAGCCUCGCACUGAAGUCCAUAUAACCGGAUACGAUUAUUCGUCUGGAGUGUGGCAGUUCGAAGGGCAUGGUUUCGUUCCGAGCGGGACAUCUGGUGUGUGCAUAAUGCAGGUGUUCGGUGCGAGCGAGCACGCUUCGACUCUGAUGGUUCGAGUUUACGGCGGCAACCUGGCCAUCUACAGGUCCAAAGUCCUUCCCGACAUCUACGACAGAUGGUUCAGGUUGAACGUGAUUCACAAUGUGGAUGAUGGUGAGGUCAUGGUCUACGUUGACACAUCACUUGUGUAUAAAGGACCCGGUCACGGCGGCAAGUCUCACUACUUCAAGUUUGGCGUCUAUGCUCAGAAUGAUGAUUCUCGUCUCAUGGAAUCUCGUUGGAAAGGAAUCAAGAUUUUAAGAAAGAAGUAAUAGAUUUUUACUUGGUCGAUACUAAUUUAAUUACCUUUGUUUUCUAUCUUAUUUAAAUUUUGAAGAUGCAUGUAAUAUCGAGCUUUCGAUACAACUCACACAAUUUUGGGUUACUAAUUAAUACCAACAGUUAAA